CUGCUGACAGCAGAGCCCCCAGUUGCGAUCGCAGCAAGCUGGUCGACCUGUGUGUGCGAGCGAUUUUUCCUUUUCAUUCGUUUUUUCAAAAAUGGCCGAGUAGGACGUAGUUUUUAACCCCUCAGUGCAGUGCUCUCUUCGUCUUCAUGCUCUGUGUGUGCGCUGGUUUUUCCCCCUGAAGAUCCCAGAAGAAGAAAAUUCGAAGGCCAAGAACCCCCAGAGCGUGCGUGUGCGUGUCCGCUCCGCUGGAACCGAAAAGAUCCGUCACCGUCGUCGUCGCGUUCCGUCGCGCAAGGCCUACUUUGCUGCGGAAGAAGCAAGGGGUUGGGUUAGCAAGGAAGCGAAGGAAAGGGGAGGAACGUGUCCGGGUGGCCGCGGAACGGGAAUUCCGGGGUCUGAUUCCACGGGUUGUCCACGGUGGAUUUUUGGUGCCUUGCCCGGAAGUGGGGUCCGUGUGCGUGCGUGUGUUGGAGUGUGGUGCGCGAUAACACCUCGCGACUCCCGUCACAGAAAUCGAAGCAACCCGCGCGGAAAGGUCCUGCCUGCGCGUCCAGUCUGAAGAAAGGAAAAGUCAAAAGUUCGGGGAAGAAAAAAGGUUUAAAGUUUUAAACAAGGCGAAAAUCAAUUCCGUUCUGCUGCGAAGUUGCGGGCCGAGGUUAAUUUUUGCUUCAUUUGGCAGAAAGCAAAAAGAGUGUGUGCUGUGCUGCCUUUGCCACUGCUGCUGCUGUGUGCGCGUGUGUGUGUGAGAGAGAUAGUGUGCGCGAUAUUUUCCUCAAAGGGGAAAAAUAGCAGCAAAUCCAACAACAACAACAAAAAGAGGUCCCCCCCGAAAUUGUUCCGGAAGUUGCCUUAAAAGUUCCUCAGCAGCGCGAGAACCAGUUCCGGAGAGAGUGUGUACUUGCUAGGGCUAGUCUGGCCAUCCGAAGAUAGUAACCAGAUGAGACCAAUCUAAACAGAGCCCCCCAAGUGUGUGUGUGUGACUUAGUGACCAACCAACCAACCAACAAGAAGGGAACAAGAAGAACUCUGACCAAGUGGCUAGCGUGUGUUGUGAGUGAGAACGUAACGAACGCAAUUUAUGUAUUGCAGUAACCAGAGUAGUAUGGCUACUCUGUUACAGCAGAAGAGUUUUAUGAAAAAUCUGACCAAUGGAGCAAACAACGUGGUGGUCGUGAAUGGCACCGACGACAGCGCAACGACAAAUCCGGCGGUCGCGACCGUGGCAUCCGGCGGUUCGGUGGCCUCCCGGAUGUUGCUGCCCCACGAAACGAUGACGAUGCUGAGCCCGGCCGGCAGCACCACGCUCAUCCACCAGCAGCCGCUGAUCCACCAGCAAACCGUGCCGGUCACCACGGCGGCCAGCUUCAACAGCCAGUUCAUCAACCAUCUCCAGAGCAAUCACCAUUUGGCGUUUGGUGGCAGCAGCACGACCGUCGCGAACCCGACCACGUCCAUCCAGAGUCAGUUCCACAAUGCCUACGUCGACGUGAACUCAAUCUUCAACCGCUCGACGUCGGCGGCCACCACCAUCAGCAAUAGCAGCUCGUCCUUUGCGAUGGCCUCACCUCAUCACCACCACCUGCCACAUCUAGUAAGUAACGCUAGUUCCUUAGUGUACGCCAACGGGACCACCCAUCCGGCAGCGGCGGCGGCGUCCAAACACCACCACCACCAUCACCAACAACAGACUGUUCCCGAGAGCCAGACUGCCAACAGUGCGACCUCCGGCGGCGACGCCGUCAAGUCGGAACCCUCCGACGGCGACUCACGUCUGGCGAAUCAACAAACACCCGCCACUGCCACUGCCACCGAGGACGACGACAAGACCGCCGUCGAGCCGGUCGAGUGCAAGGACGAGGAGCCCGAGCCGGAGAUUGACAUCGUCAUCAACAACGUGGUGUGCUCGUUCAGCGUCCGCUGCCAUCUGAACCUGCGCGACAUCGCCCAGAAGGGCUUCAACGUGGAGUUUCGGCGCGAGAACGGCAUGGUCACGAUGAAGCUGCGCCGCCCGUACACGACCGCGUCGAUCUGGUCGUCGGGGAAAAUCACCUGCACCGGGGCCACGUCCGAGGAUUCGGCGAAGGUGGCGGCCCGGCGCUACUCGCGGUGCCUUCAGAAGCUCGGCUUCAACGUGCGGUUUCGGAACUUCCGGAUCGUGAACGUGCUCGGUACGUGCAGCAUGCCCUGGGGCAUUAUGAUCGUCAACUUUAGCGAAAAGUACAAGAAGGACGCCAGUUACGAGCCGGAGCUGCACCCGGGCGUCACGUACAAGCUGUACAACCCGAAGGCCACGCUGAAGAUCUUCUCGACCGGGAGCAUCACGGUGACGGCGGCCAGCGUCGCGUUCGUGCAGAGCGCCAUCGAGCACAUCUUCCCGCUGGUGUACGAGUUCCGGAAGAAGCGCACCCCGGCGGAGAAGAUCGAGCUGCUGAAGCCGCCGGAGUUUGACCCGGAGGCGCUGAUCGAGGAGGAAUGUGAUAUCACCGAUGCCACGUCGGCCGCGUCGUUCGUCGGCGCCACGGUAGCAGGAGGAGAGGUAGGAGACGACGAGGACUGUUUUGACGGCAGCACCGGCACCGACACCAAAGCAAUAAACCACCACGCCCGGCGAAGCAACCGGAAGUGCGCGUCCCGGUACAGCAGCACCCGCGUUGGCCGGAGACGCCCCGCCGGCAAGGCGGACAACGAUCCCACCGAGGACGCGAUGUACGUGUCCGACGACGAUGACGACGACGAGGACGAUGACAUGAUCGAGAGCGAUUAGAGCGGGGUUACAAAUGUAGAAAGAGAGAAUGAGACGGCCUGUGCCUCUAGCGGAAGUGAAGGGAGGUUCUUUACUAAUAGUUUCGUUCCGUUUUACUGCUUUACGAUCCUUCUUCCAUGCGAUUCUAUUCCGGAGAUUUUUUUUCCGGAGUUCUCAACUCCAAAGCUCGAGAACUCGAUUGGGAACCUAGAAAUGUGUUUUGUUUAUUUUUUUUCCUGAAAAUAUAACCAAUAAAAUGAUUCCAUUUACUCGACGAA